GGGCAAAUUUGGUUACCAUAGUAAUAGUAUAGUAGUGGCUGCUCCAGGCCACAUACGUAGCAAAGAAAAAUCGUCUAAUUAUUGGCUGGUUAAGUAUCCGAUUCAGUUACUGGAGUUGAAAAACACAGACGCAAAACCGUGGAAGUUGACUCAUCACCCAUAAUAAUCAAUCAAAAACCCUACUCUAGCUAGAUCAAAUCGCUUAUUUCAGUUUUCAGUUUCGCAAUGAAUUUCCUGUGUUUAUGUUAAACAAUGGUGUUUAGCUUUCUUCUCAGACCUAAAUAGAGGAGCUGGUAUGGUAAUUUGAUAGUUGAUACAAGAAAGUUAGAUAGGUAGGACGUAGUAGAUUAGGAGUUAUGAUCUUGUAAAAUGAAUUUUUGAUGUGUUUCAAGAUAUGAACUGUUAUCCGGCAGAAAUGAUUGGCUCUAGAUUCUUCUUUUUUGGGACGACCUUUCUUCUUCUACAAUUGCUUCCGGGAAUUCUAGGUUGGGGAAAGGAAGGCCACUAUGCAAUUUGUAAAAUAGCCGAGGGGCUACUUACUGAAGAUGCUGCUGCUGCUGUGAAAAUGUUGCUCCCAGAAAUAGCUCAAGGUGAACUUGCUGCUGUAUGCUCCUGGGCUGAUGAGGUUCGUUUCCAUUAUCGCUGGAGCGGACCUCUACACUAUGUUGAUACACCAGAUUUCAGGUGUAACUAUGAGUACUGCAGAGAUUGCCAUGACUCGGGUGGGCAUAAAGACAGGUGUGUUACAGGUGGAAUUUACAAUUACACUAUGCAACUACAGACUUAUGAGGGCUCCCUCUCAGAUUGGAAAUAUAAUUUGACGGAAGCACUCAUGUUCUUAUCACAUUUUAUUGGGGAUGUUCACCAGCCUCUACAUGUUGGUUUCCUUGGAGAUUUAGGUGGAAACACAAUACCGAUCCGUUGGUUCCGACGAAAGACCAACUUACAUCAUAUAUGGGAUAACAUGAUUAUUGAGACUGCUGAGAGCUUUUUCUACAACUCAGAUUUUGCACUCAUGAUAGAAGCCAUUCAAAGGAACAUUAAGGAUGAUUGGUCAGCAGACAUCUCCUCGUGGGAAAAUUGUGCUUCAGCAGAUACUGUGUGUCCUGACCCGUAUGCUUCUGAGAGUAUUAAACUGGCUUGCAAAUAUGCAUACAAGGGUGCCACACCAGGAAGCACUUUGUCAGGCUUUUACUUCUUGUCAAGGUUGCCUAUCGUGGAGAAAAGGUUAGCCCAAGCUGGGGUCCGCUUAGCCAGUACUCUCAAUCGCAUUUUUAAACCCCAAAUGUUGAUCUCAGAAGCUUAAAGCAUGGAGAGUUCAGAGAGUGAUGGGGGAGCGAGAAACUUUUGUAACUUUAACUUUCUGUAACGUCAAAAUUUGCCAACCUAAAGAGUGUUGUGUUUGAUCUCUUGCAAAACAAGCCAUUAUCUGUAAAAAGAUCGACUAUUAAUGGGAUAUCUAAUAAUUUUAGUGUGAAGAUCUUUUGCUAUUCCUCCA